CAGCAAUCAUCAAAAUAAAACUCUGAAUAUUCAGGACUAGUCAGCAUUUGGAAAAUUCAAAGCUAUCGAGAUAUCUCCAUACAAUUUGUGGAAAUAAAAAUGAAAUCAAUGAAAACAAUAAAAACUUCCUGGGCUGAUGAGGUGGAUGCGGAUUACGUGGAUGGGCUGCCACCUGCCAAGGAGUACACUGACGGCAACUUGAAAUAUGUGACUGAGUACAAGUUCAACGAGGAAGGCAAGAAAAUGAAGGUGGUGCGCACCUACAAGAUCAAGAAGCAGACCGUGCCCAAAGUCGUGGCACGCCGUCGCAAUUGGUUGAAGUUCGGGGACUCGGUGGAGGAUAAGCCGGGUCCAUGCUCGCAGACCACCAUGGUCUCCGAGGAGGUUCACAUGGUCUUCCUCAGCUCUAAGGAGCUCGAGCAGGCCAACGAACCUCAGCUGGAGCCGGGCAAGAACAUCGCCAAGUGCCGCAUCUGCAAUGGCGAACACUGGUCCGUGAACUGUCCAUACAAAGGAACGUCCAUGGACAGCAAGACUUUGAUGGAGAGCAAGGCCACAGCGGCAGCAGCCGCUGCCGUCAGCGAUUCCUCCAAGACGGGGAAGUAUGUGUCGCCGUUCCUGAAGGAGGGCGGAUGCGCGAUCAAUGGCUCCGGAGUGGGAGCUAAGCCCUGGGCCCGCGAACGCUCGGCUGUGCGCAUCUCCAACCUGUCCGAGUCGAUGACCGAGGCCGAUCUGGAGGAGCUGGUGAAGAAGAUCGGACCCUACAGCAAGUUGUACCUGGCGCGCGAGAAGAACUCUGGACUCUGCAAGGGAUUCGCCUAUGUGCACUUCAAGUUUCGCCAGGAUGCCGCUGCUGCCAUCGAAAUUCUCAACGGGCAUGGCUACGAUCACUUGAUCCUCUGCGUGGAGUGGUCCAAGCCGCAGCCCUAAAGGGAGCCGAAUCGCCAUUAACUUUAAUUUAAUUUUCGUACCUUGCCUCUACGUUAAGUCGAUGCGGAAAUAAGCCGCACCGCAAAGAUAUCGAAAUAAAAUAUAUAUAUGGACGGGCGAGCUCUUUCCGUGCAUGCGACCAGACUAAA